AUGGAGGAGUAUUUCAGAAGCAAUUUCGGGGGUCCUGAGUGCCAGGAGUCUGCUCACAUAAAAAAAGAGGAGGAGGAAGAGUCGCCAUACAUCAAAGAGGAGGAAGAACCUGUACACAUCAAAGAGGAGCAGGAGGAGCAUUUCAUUACAGUUGGAGACUGCCACAUUGAGGAGAAGCAGCAACCUCUUCCCCUCAAAAAGGAGGAGGAAGACUCUUCAUAUGAUAAAGAGGAGGAGGUGGACAUCCCCACAUGGACUGGCGAGCCCUUGAAAAGUGAUGAUGAAGGUUCGAGUGAAGCCAACAGAGGGGCUAAGCCUCUGAGUGGCAGCAGCUCAACAGAAGGAUCUCAAGCAAACAACCUCAUCGCUCCACUAUCAGAUAGUGAUGACGCCACUUCACAGUCUGAUGAUUAUAUUGAUAAAGGUCAUAGGACAGCACUCUGUGACAACAACACCUGCAAAUGCUUUCAGUGUGGGAAAACCUAUAGUAAAACGUGUCAUUUGAAAAGGCAUAUGAGGAGCCACACAGGUGAAAAACCUUUUGCCUGCUCAGAAUACUGUGGCCAAAGAUUCAAUCGGAAGGGAAGUUUAAAAAAACACACAAGAACCCACACUGGUGAAAAACCCUUUGCCUGCUCAGACUGUGGCCAAAGAUUCUCUCAGAAGGACAACUUAAAAACACACAUAAGAACCCACACUGGUGAGAAACCUUUUGUUUGCGCAGUUUGUGGUCAAAGCUUUGCAGAAAAAGGAAACUUAAAAACUCACACAAGAACACACACUGGCGAGAAACCCUUUUCCUGUUCAGUUUGUGGUCAAAGCUUUGCAGAAAAAGGAACCCUAAAAUGUCACACAAGAACACAUACUGGAGAGAAACCCUUUGUCUGUAAAGUCUGUGGCAAAAGAUUCACUCAAAUAGGAAACUUAAACAUGCACACACGGAUCCACACUGGUGAGAAACCUUUUGUCUGCUUAGUUUGUUGCCAAAGAUUUAUUCGCAAGGAUCACCUUAAGAGACACGUGUGUGUUAGUGUGCCAAGCGGUGGCCAAUGA